AAAUAUACAACAAUUUAAGGUAGUUGGAGCAGCAUAACAAGAACAUGGAGAACCAAAAGACAGAAACUUGGAUUGAAAAGGCAAAACCAUUCAUAGCUGUUUUGUCAUUGCAAUUAGGAUAUGCAGUUAUGGAUGUUUUAUCAAAAGCUGCAUUGAAUAAAGGAAUGAGCAACUAUGUUUUUGUUGUCUAUCGUCAUGCUGUUGCAUUUAUUGUCAUUACCCCUUUUGCACUCUAUUUUGAAAAGAAAGUGAGGCCGAGAAUGACAAUUUCAAUCUUGUUUAAGAUAAUGGUGCUCAGCUUGCUAGAGCCAGUUAUUGAUCAAAACUUGUAUUUUUUGGGAAUGAAAUACACAACAGCAACCUUUGCAGCUGCCAUGAGCAAUAUGCUUCCUGCUAUUACUUUUAUAUUGGCUACCAUUCUUAGGCUCGAAAAGAUAAAGAUAAAAUGUAUAAGAAGUCAGGCAAAGGUGUUAGGCACGAUAGCAACCGUCGCUGGUGCCAUGACGAUGACAUUAGUUAAAGGCCCAAUACUUUUAGACGCAUUUGGAAGCAAUAGCCACAACCAUCCUAGUGUUGCUAUAACUAGUCAACAUACAAUAGCUGGAGGAGUGUUGAUCACAAUAGGAUGCAUUAGUUGGGCUUGUUUUUUUAACCUUCAAGCUAUUACCCUUCAAACAUACCCUGCAACACUUUCUCUUUCGUCGUGGAUAUGUCUAAUGGGCACGAUUGAAGGUGCGGCGGUGGCUUCUGUUAUGGAAUGGGGUCAUCCUUCAGUUUGGUCCAUAAAAUGGGAUAUGAGGUUGUUGUCGACUAUUUACACAGGCAUAUUCUGCUCAGGGUUAGGUUAUUACCUGCAAGGAGUCGUGAUGAAAACAAGAGGUCCGGUUUUCGUCACAGCAUUUAGUCCUUUGAAUAUGGUGAUUGUUGCUAUUUUGGGAUACUUUCUUCUCGCGGAACAAAUGUUUUUGGGAAGGGUGAUAGGUGCAUUUAUCAUUUGUUUGGGCCUAUACCUUGUUAUAUGGGGAAAAAACAAAGAUUAUGAUGCCUCCUCAAAUCAAAUUAUUGAAGAGCAUGUUGAAUCAGCUAAGCAAACUGCUGGUGAAAAUUGCACUCAUGAGGUCAUCAUUAUUCACUAACUUUGGAACUGAAAUCAACAACCUAAAGAGCAACUACAUGGAUGGCUUACAAAUUCUUGUUGCUUUAUCUAAUUAUAAUGCCUAUUUUUAAUUAUUAUUGGCAUUCUAGGGAGCAAUAAUGCGUCUUCUACGCGUUAAUAUUGACAAAAGUAAAUAGUUCUUGUUUUUUUUUUUGUAAUUGUUUUCGAUCUUUAUAUUGUGAUCUGCUUGGGUAGAGUUUUUUAACAUGUUGUAGGCAGUAUAAAUAAGAAAAUAUCAAAACUACCAAAGUGUGUUUUGAAAAUUUGUAGAUACUUUAUGUUAUAGCAAUUGCAAUAUAUUAUUAACAUGGUGAUGCAAUAUAUU